AUGGCCGUUGCUGCUCUUUUGUCACGAGGAAACUCGAAUGCGACAGGGACAGCGAAACCUGAGCAGUCACACCGCGUCAUGGACGGCCGCCCGCAGCAUCGGAUCGCUCUCAUCGUUCCCUCUCGGAUUUUCUUUGAAAAACACAAAGGGCAACGAAACCAGAGAGUGUUCGUGCACAUCCUGGAAGAAGCUCAGACGCUGAAGUCACUGUUCCCUGCGACUGAAAAGGAACAACAUGAAACUGUAUGUGGACAAACUUCAGAAGCUGAAACGAGGAAGGCCGAGCUCAUAGGUCGAUUUCCUGCGCUCGUUUCUCAAGCAGCGGGCGUGAAGGAACAGGGAACAUCUCUGGAAAUUGACGACUCGACAGGUCUCGACCAAGAAAGCAGACAUUUCCGCAGCGAGAGCGUACCUGCUGUCCCGCAUACGCUCGAAGCAAGAAGUGCUGGAGAAACCGAACAGAUUGAAAGCCCAGAAAUCGACACCGACGGGAGAGUCGGUUUCGUUGGCGACAUCGGGGAAGAGGGAGGAGGCGCGAAGCCCGUGGGGGACGACGUGAAACAAAUGUUUCAGAAGAUAGAAGCGGUAACAGAACUUGCAGUGGGCGAACCGACAAACAUUUCGAUUCAAGGAAAAGAGGUCUGUGGUGAGACAUCUAUUGAAACAAGUGGGGCAUUUGCAGAGUCAGGGGAAUUUGGGCCGACUCCCCCCGAAAACCAAGCGUGCUGCCAGCAGUCAUGGACAGUGUGUGAAGGCGCCACCACAGAGGCGAAAAACCCAGGCUGUGUAGUUGCAGGUGUCGAACCUAAAGUGUCUGUGGUGAGCGAACGCGGGACCGAGGAAGGAAAGAACACGGUGGAGUUAGAGCCCUCAGAAAACGGAGUCCCCGACAUGAAUGGAUUCGGAAAAUUUGUCGAGGAAACGGCAGACCAAAACUCGCGACAUGUGUACAGUUCAAACCUACCAGAAACGGAUCACGACGGAAACGGUUGUGAAACUAUAGAGGACAGGUUGACAGGGCAUUUGACGCUCCGCAGUUCAGACAUAUGUGGUGACGCCGUUAUCCACAACAAAGGCUCUCACGUAGACAUCUCCCCGGAAGCCAGACAGGAGACCAAACCUUUCCUCAACGCCUGCACAAUACUCGACGACUUAGAAAGGUGGGAGAAAAACGACGUUGCGGGUGCGCCUCGUGGCGAGAGUUCCACCGUCGAUCAAGCGCCACCGGAGAGUGCCUGUGUCGCGACAGAGGCGGAAACGCAGCCAAAUACCGACGGCCGGGAUGAAAGCAGAGACGCGACGUUCGGUUCAGGUCUUCACGAGGACCGGGAAAACGUGGAUAUUCUUCAUCUACCAUCUGCCGUAAAAACUUCGACAGGGCGAAUGGACGGUCAACAGACGCCCUCUCAGACAGAGGCGGACGAAAGCGACAAGGCGGUUGUGCUCAAAUCGAUAUGGCAACUGAAUGGAGAGGAGUUUGCAUCCUGCCAAUCUCUGAGUGCUGCAACAGAAGAGCGACAGAACAUCCACGAGCUGAAACAGCGUCUAGACCAUGGAAUGAAGAGCAUGACGGAUGUCCAUGGCAUGGAGUCUGCCUCCGAAGACGCGACGUUGGCGUGGUCUUCGCGCAUGCUUUCCGCGGAACACCCUCAAGGCGGCAACGGGCCAGAAAUGCCCGCCAGAUCCCGAGAGUCAGAAAAUCGAACCUCCACAGUUUCUGUCGUGUUUCCAGACUUGCUGCCUGCCGGAGUUCGCCCACAACCCACAGCGAACAACAAAGGCGCGGAACGCCUCGCAGAUGUUCCUGUUCGUCGUGCUCCCGGAGUAGUUGACAGCCGCGUUUUCGCUACGUAUGACAUCCGUGACGCCAGGCGUUCGAACGCCUUCCACAAAAGUGAAAGAAGGCGACUGCCCAUCCACCGUGGAGACAGAGAACCUUUACACUCCCCUUUUGCCUCUCCUCGUGAUGGUCGCUGGGUUCCCGGGGAUCGGCAUCGGAGUCGGCGCCGGACGCUCGAGGAUUUGGGAACAAUGGUGGAAAUGGCGCGUUUGGCUAGGCAGCAUGCGACCGAGGCAGCUGCUGCGUCAGAGGCAGCGGCGGCUCGUGUCGAGUUGAUCAUGUCGGAAUGCCGUCUGCUGUACGAGACAGCAAAGGCAGACAUCCUUCGGACCAAGACCGAGGUGGAUUGUGCUCGGAAAAGCAUUUGGAGCGCGGCAGAGGAGAAAAAAGCCCCAGUGCAAGCGUUGCCGGCAAACGCCGAGCUGCAGACCGUUCAGGAACCGGCGGACGAAUUGUGUCGGCUGCUUGCGGAGAUGCGGGACGACAUGCUUUUUCGCAUUACCGAGAUGGAACACGAACUGAGAGCAACGGAGACUACGGCGGUACGAACCCAGAGUGAGUGGGAAAGAGCGACUCUGCGUUCGCCGCAUUUCAAACACAGUGGAGCAGCAGCGCCAGUGAUUGAAGAACUGAAGGGAAAGCGCGACACUCUCCGUGGGCGGGAAGGGCCGAACGGCCUCAUGGCAAAGAACCUCCCGCGAGGCGAGGGCGAAUCUGACAAAGAACGCACUAGCCAAGAUGUCCAGCUAAAGACAACGCGGAACGCAAAGGCCGACCGAUGGUUUCUUGGAGACGCAGAUGUGUUCGCACAGAAAAGUGAACAUGAAGGCAGUCGAGAAGCAGUCAGCCAAAAAGGCCGCUUGGCAACGACGGAAGAAGCGGAGGCAGCGGCCGUUGACGAUGUGACAGGCAGCCCCAACACCAAGGCAGGCGAGAAGUCUCUCGAACAUGUUGAGAAGAAGGAGGCAUGUAAUGGUGGUGACCCAGAUACGUCAGAUGUCGUCUCGACCAGGGACGGAAAAUGGGAGUUAGGCUUGCCAGAGGUGACGAAGUGCGACAAGGACGCUUGGCCGUUCCGUGCGGCCCGUUCAGAAGACAUUUGCGGCAACAGAAACCUUGCGGCCACACACCACGAGUCGUUCCGCGAUUUCCCUGACGUGGUGGGGAUCCAGACGGUGCGAGGGAUUCAAGAACAGUCGCGGUGCUUCUUGCCAGAUCGGCCAUUGGAACAGAAACCACAACAUAUCGGGCACAGAGGAACCGGGGAGAGUUCUACGCGUACACCGAUGUUUUGCAUUCUUCCUCGAGCUGGGCAGAGUGCGGAGAAGGAAACGAAAAAUGCAGGGAAAGUAGUCGAGGACCGCGAGGGCUGGACCGUGCUCCCUCUUCCGUUCCUAAUGUGCUUCAAUGCUGCGGCGCUUCUCCUCUGUACGUGGGCACUGCUGAAUUUGGAGGAACUGGAAACUGCUCGAGGCCAGUUUGCCGACGCAGACGGAUUGUUGCAGCUUCCAUUUCGCGCAGGUGGCGCCGGGAACGAUGCGGAGUCUAAGGCAAGCGGUCGCGCCCAGAUUUCAGAGGCUUUCAACGCGUUACUAAACGCCCGAGUCCAGAGAAACGAGUUGGCGAUGCAGCUGAGCUAAACUUGGAGUUGAGAUGGAAUCGUAAUUUCAACCUGACCGUGUUACGGCUUCGAGCGUUCCUCUGUUUCCUCGCGAUGUCCGUGGGCAAAUCAUAGAAACUGCGACAAGCCGUCGGAGUUCCACGGAAACUGACCUCUACUGGAGGGAACGUCUUUGGACAGGAAAUGCAUGUCAAAAGAAUAUAUCUGGAUAUAUGUAUGUAUAUGUAUGCCUUUUUAUAUGUGUGCUUCGAGAUCUAACGCGUAUCCAGUUGCCCGCACACUGGACGAACGGUGUUUCGAUUAUGUGAAGAAUUGUGCAUGUGGAAAUGGAUUAUUUUCGUGCUGUGUGAGUUGGUGCUCGUCCCUAUAUGUAGUAGACCGUCGAGCGAAGAGCAUGCGCCCGAGUUACUGUUUUCGUUUUUUCUG